AUUGAUUGGGUUUCCUUUUUUGCGUUUCUGUUAUCGGUUACUCUUCUACUUCGAUUUAAUGGCUAAAUAGAGAUUUGUUUUAAAUGCCCAUGAUUCUCUCUGUCUCUCUACUUUUCUAGUCUUGUGUGUUUAGUAUUUACUAUACUUGAUAUACUUUGAAGAAGGUGUUUGUUUUUUUGUUCAGUUUAUGGGUUGUCUUAGUUAUUUGAUCUCUCCAUAGCUUAGAGCUAUGGCUAUAUAAGAGUUUUGCAGCAAUUGGGUUUUGGUUUUUUGUUUUGUUUUAGCAGGGGAUCACUGUUUCAGUUUUCCGGAAGAGAAGAAUUUUGGGUUUGAGAGGUUGCCGAGUAACGAGAGUGUGGGGACAAAAUGUUGCCGGAAAGUGGCCGGGAAAGUGGCCGGGAAAGUGAUUUUCCGGCGGGGUUGAGGGUUCUUGCAGUUGAUGACGAUCCAACUUGCCUCAAGCUUUUGGAGGGUCUUCUUCGUAGGUGCGAAUACAAAGUUACCAUAACUGGGCAUGCUAUUACGGCUCUGAAAUUAUUGAGGGAGAAGAAGGGUGAAUUCGACUUGGUGAUAAGUGAUGUUCAUAUGCCGGACAUGGACGGUUUCAAGCUUUUGGAGCUCGUGAAAAUGGAAAUGAAUCUACCUGUUAUCAUGGUAUCUGUAAAUGGGGACACAAAUGCUGUGAUGAAGGGCAUAAAUUGUGGGGCUCGUGACUAUCUGCUGAAGCCUGUUCGGUUUGAGGUUCUGAAGAACAUAUGGCAGCAUGUCAUAAGGAAAGGGAAAAUUGCUCAUGGGGAUUCUAACAACCAUGGUGAUGAUGACAAUAGGCGUAACUGUGGAAUGGAUGAUUCUAAGGGUACUUCUACCAUCAAUGAAAUUGGAUCUACCAAGAAACAUACAGAUCAAAACGAGAGAGAAGGUGAUGAAGGGGAUGAUCAUGAUAGUGAAGAUCCUUCAGCUCUAAAGAGGCCAAGGGUUAUUUGGACAUCUGAGCUCCGGCAAAAAUUUGAGGCAGCUGUUCACCAUUUAGGCAUUGAAAAAGCUGUUCCUAAGAAGAUACUGGACCUUAUGAAUGUUCCAUGGCUAACUCGGGAAAACGUUGCAAGCCAUCUGCAGAAGUAUAGGUUGUCUUUAAAAAAGAGAGGAUCUAUUCAGAGCCACCUAUAUGAUAUGUAUUCCCCAUUAAGGGGACAUGGUUCAUCCUAUUUUUCCUUGGAUUCGAAUGGUGGGUUUGGUGGAAAAAGACAUAAUGGUGCCCUUAUCUCUUUUGAUGCACAAAAUUCUUUGGAUAGGUUUAACGGCUGCAGAGGUUUUGGAACAGAUGGUUUUAAUCCUUCACGGAUUAUUCAAUUCAAUUGCUCUCAAGAUAUGAGAAGUUUUGGAAGUUAUAUCAGAAGGCCUCAACGAAUACCAUUUCCUAUAAACCAGCAUGAUAAUGGGUUUCCGGCAAUUAUUGAAUUAAAUAAAUUACAACAAAUGCAAGAUCUUCCUGAAUUUGGGGAUAGUAAUAUUUCUAUUGGCUCCACCGUUUAUGUUCAACAACCACUUGCUUCUAUAAGUAAUUUUAGUGGUGACACUUUUACAUCUAACAGCUGUUGCAUUCCAGAUUUGUUAACCACUCCUUUCAUGGGAAAUGCACAGCAACAAGUCGAGUAUGAUGGCCUACAAGGGAAUUCUGAUAAAAACAUUGCUUUCUAUGAUUCAUGCGAUUCCAUGCAAAGUGGGCUUUUGUUAAUUGGUAGUGCCCCAAGCCAGCAGUCUGCAGGUGCUUCUGUGAUUGGUCUCGAUUCAUCACUUAUAGAAGCAGGCUCCAGUAUGCUUUUAAGUGGUUUUAGGGAUAAUGAUGGUUUUUUGCCGGAGGAAUCAUUUGAAAGCCAUAAAGAAAACAGUGGUGCCAUAAUUUCUCGGUCAAUUGAUAGUUUUUUACCGAGCCAUGAAUCUGUGCCCCCUUUAGGACAAUCGAACCUUGGUGCCUGCCGUGCUAGUCUAGACAGAGAGAUUACAUUACUGCCAAAUGAAGGAGUUUCAAUGUUUUCAAAACCUGGCACCGGAGAUCCAGUGAUGGAAAGCAACCAUAUGGACUUGACAAAUAAAUUUGCUGGGCCGUCGAGAUUGCAAAGUGUGUUAUACCCUUCUGAUGGUGGAAAUUCUUCCAAUGUUCUCCUUGGCAUGAUGCAGCCGGAGUAUUCAGAUAAGAUAUUUGAUGAUGUUUCUUACCCUCCAGGGGCUUGUGUAUGAGUUUGGCUUAUGAUGUGCCCUUGGUCUGGGUAGUCAGGGUGGCGGACCUACAACGUGACAUCAAGGGUUCCAUUCCUCCCCUGUUAACAUAUGUCCAAAAAAGGAAAUUUUACCGUCCUUGUAGAGAAAGAUAUUAUGGUCCUUGAAGUGUCCAUUUUGAUGGUCCUUGAAGGAGUGUACCUUAUGUAAAUAUUAUUAAUUGGAAGACCACACAUGAGUCAGUUUUGUUAUCCUUGGCUCGGCGUUCUCUGUUUUGCCAUGUGUAUUUUGUUUUUUUCAAAAUUAAAGUGAGGCAUUUGGUGUAAUAGAGUAAAAUGCCAUGGUGAAGAAUGAAAGGGAUUAUAACUA